UUCAAAUGCCCCGAAUUCCGUCUUAUGAUGAAGGCGGUUGGGACAACAAGAAUUUAUAGUUUCUAUCUUCAUAUUAAUUUGUCUUGACCAUUCAUAUUUCACAAAGCUGUGUUUCAGAGCGAACCAGCACCAAUAACCAAAUCUCGCUGUGUCAGUAUACAGCUUGGUCGAUAGGCGCUGAUCAGCGUUGCUACUCAAAGGGAAGAUGCCUAGUGCUCCAAAACAGCGGAAGAUAGCUAUUGUUGGCAGUCGCUCUGUGGGUAAAUCUUCUCUUACAGUUCGAUUCGUUGAACAUCAUUUCGUAGAAAGCUACUACCCAACGAUUGAAAACACAUUCAGUCGCAUCAUCAAAUACAAUGGACAAGAUUUCGCAACUGAAAUCGUCGACACAGCUGGUCAAGACGAAUACAGCAUACUGAAUUCAAAGCAUUUUAUUGGAAUCCAUGGAUACAUUAUUGUUUACUCGGUGUCAUCUCGUCAAUCAUUCGAAAUGGUUAGGGUCAUUAGAGAUAAGAUUCUGAACCAUCUGGGCGCUGACCACGUGCCUCUUGUGAUUGUCGGGAACAAAAGUGAUCUCAAAUCAGAGCAGCGGCAGGUACCACUAGAUGAAGGUCGGCAGCUGGCUGAAGAGUUUCAUUGUGCAUUCACUGAGGCUAGUGCUCGCCUUGAUUACAAUGUCGCAAAAGCCUUCGACUUGAUAAUCGGCGAGAUUGAAAAGUCUCAGAAUCCGUCUCAACCUCCCGGGGGUAACAAAUGUUCUGUAAUGUGAUUUUUCUCAAUGUCACUGGGUAUAAUCGUGCUGUAAUAUCUCUAGGUGAGCUUCUGGAUUUGGUUACACCAAACUACCUACAAAGCCUCGCUUUGUCCUAUUAGUGUGGUGAUUUUGGUCCUUUUAAUAGUUCAGGCGACAAGGAACUUGUUAGUGUGUCGAUAGUACCAC